GCUCUUGUAAAACUGUUGGAAAUUGCAAGCUUCCAGACAGGCCGGAUGUUUUACAGAAGCACUGCGCAUGCUCGUUAAAAAUAAAAAUGUCGGACGACGAAUUUAUGUGCGAUGAUGAUGAGGAAUAUGACUUGGAAUACUCGGAGGAAAGUAAUUCUGAGCCGGAUGUUGAUCUGGAGAAUCAGUACUAUAACUCAAAAGCUUUGAAAGAUGACGAUCCAAAGGCAGCUCUUGAUAAUUUUCAAAAGGUAUUGGAGCUGGAAGGCAAGGAUAAAGGUGAAUGGGGAUUUAAAGCUCUUAAACAGAUGAUCAAAAUCAACUUUAAACUGUUUAUUCUGUGUCGUCAGACUAACUACGAUGAGAUGAUGAAGAGAUACAAGUUAUUAUUGACGUAUAUCAAGUCAGCCGUGACGAGGAAUUACUCGGAAAAAUCUAUCAACUCCAUUCUAGAUUACAUCUCUACAUCAAAACAGAUGGAGUUGCUACAGAAUUUCUAUGAGACGACAUUAGAUGCAUUGAAGGAAGCUAAGAAUGAGAGGCUGUGGUUUAAAACAAACACAAAACUAGGCAAGCUUUAUUUUGACCGAGGCGACUUCAAUAAGCUUCAGAGAAUAUUAAAACAACUUCACAUCUCCUGCCAGACUGACGAUGGGGAGGAUGAUUUAAAGAAAGGAACACAGUUACUGGAGAUAUACGCGCUAGAAAUACAGAUGUACACUGAACAGAAAAACAAUAAAAAGUUAAAGGCACUAUAUGAGCAGUCACUACACAUUAAAUCUGCCAUUCCUCACCCAUUGAUAAUGGGAGUUAUCCGAGAAUGUGGCGGCAAGAUGCACCUCCGCGAGGGAGAGUAUGAAAGAGCACACACAGAUUUCUUCGAAGCAUUUAAGAAUUAUGACGAGUCGGGAAGCCCCAGGAGAACUACAUGUUUGAAGUACCUUGUGUUAGCGAACAUGUUAAUGAAGUCUGGUAUUAACCCAUUUGACUCGCAGGAGACGAAGCCAUAUAAAAAUGAUCCAGAGAUUCUAGCUAUGACCAAUCUUGUCAGUGCAUACCAGAAUAACGAUAUUAAUGAAUUUGAGAAGAUUUUACGGACAAACAGACGGAACAUCAUGGAGGACCCGUUUAUACGUGAACAUAUUGAAGAUCUACUGAGAAACAUCCGUACUCAAGUGCUGAUUAAAUUAAUAAAGCCUUAUACAAGAAUCCAUAUUCCAUUUAUUUCAAAGGAGUUAAAUAUAGAUCCAUCAGAGGUAGAGAAUCUCUUAGUAUCCUGUAUUCUUGAUAGUACAAUAAAUGGUAGAAUAGACCAAGUGAAUCAGGUGCUGGAGCUGGACAGAGAGAGUGCCGGCUGUGCUAGAUAUAAUGCUCUAGAUAAAUGGACCUUACAACUACAGUCAUUACAUCAGGCUAUCAUCAACAAAAUAGCAUAGCACUCAAAUAGCAUAGCACACAAAUAUAUUUGAUUAAUAUUUACAAUAUGUUUUGGGAUACAGUGGUUAUUGAAGAAGGUACUGAAUAAUAUCUUGAACAAAAGAACUUAUAAGAUUGUGUUUUGUAUAAAGAAUAUUGAAGAAAAUUACGAAUUAUAUCUUGGACAAAAGAACUAAUAAAAGCAUGUUUUUGUAUAGUGAAUUUUGUAUAGUGAAUAUUGAAGAAAAUUACGUCUUGUAUCUUGAAUGAAGGAAACUAAUAAAAGCAUGUUUUUGUAAAAUGGAUAUUAAUGAAAAUUACGAAUUUUAUCUUGAACUAACAAGAGGAUGUUUUUUGUAUAGUGAAUAUUGAAGAAAGGUAACAAAUGAUAUUGAAAAGGAAAGAAGUAAUAGUGUAUGUUUUUGUACAGUGAAUAUUGAAGAAAAAAUAUGAAUGAGAUCGAAAAAGAAGAAAAUAAUAGCAUUUUUUGUUUAGAGUGAGUGUUGAAGACAAAUACAAAUUAUACUUUGUAGGAAAGAACUGACACAUUAUGUUUUAAUUCACUGAAUAUUAAAGGUUAUAGUAUUUUGAAGGAAAGAAUUGAACAGUUUGUAUUAAUGUAAACUGAAUAUUGAAGAAUACAUGUAUUGAGAAAUUAUAUCUUGAACGCAAAAGAAACAUGUACUGAGAAAUUAUAUCUUGAACGAAAGAAACUGAUAGAGAAUGCUUUUGUGUACAUUUAAGAUUAUGUUAAAUAUUUUGAACUGAAGAAUUCUAAAAAUACAUUUGUACUGAGUGAAUAUUGAAAAAGAUUUUCAUCAUCAGACAAAAGUCUUUUUGAAAAGCUUUAGAAAUACUUUACAAUAUUGAUUUUUUUACUCAAUAUAUUCAGAUAUAUGUUCAAAAACAUGGCUUUAAUACUAAAUAGUUUUUUGAUAUGAUUCCUAAAGGGAUUUUUGAUUAAGAGUUUUUUCUCAUGGUGCCAAUUAGAUAUCUCUCUGUAUAUAAAUAGAAACACUUUUAAUUAAGACAUGGUCCACAUUUUACUUCUUUGAAUAUACAUUGCAUGGACUGUGUUUUGUUAAAGGUACUUAUAUCAAAUAUUUAACUGCAGACUUUGCCUGGAUUGGAAGAGAAAGAAUGACAUACACAAAGAUUUCUUAUAAUAUUUAUUACAUAUUCAUUAAUGCCAUGCAAACUUUAACAUUAUCUUGUUGUAAAUGACUUUCUUUUUUUUACAGAAUAAAAAAAAGAACAAAUUUGAA